CUCCCUCUCUUCUCUUUCCGGUUCCGGUUCCGAAUCGCCUAGGGUUUCUUGGAUUGCUCUCUCUCUCUAGAAUAAUCCGUUUCUUUCUCAACGAGCGCCUCCUCCCGGCGCCGUCUCCGAUCUCCUGCUUUCGGGACCGAUCCGCGCGACGCCCUCCGUUCCAUGGCCACUCCGAUUCGAAGCUUCGAUCGAGCGCUCGUCGCCGUCAAUCGAUUCCCGCUCUUCUUCUUCCGAUCUCUUUCUUGUUUUUUGUGGCUUGAGAGAGCGAGACAGAGAGAGGGAGGGGGGAAAUGGUGAGGGGGAAGACGCAGAUGAAGAGGAUAGAGAACAACACGAGCAGGCAGGUGACGUUCUUGAAGCGCAGGAACGGGCUGCUGAAGAAGGCCUUCAAGCUCUCCGUCCUCUACAACGCCGAGGUUGCACUCAUCAUCGUCUUCCCGAGGGGCAAGCUCUACGAGUUCUCGAGCUCGACAAGACGGUACUUGGCCUUGGCGAACCUGGCCAACGGCGAGCCCGGUUUCCGCGCGAUGAAGCUCAGGGGCUGACGGACUUGAGCUUCUUGAACUAGUCGAAGAAGGCUUGGGGAGUGCGCUCCUCGAUGGACGACGACUUGUUCGCGAGCGUGAAGUUGGGGAAGUUGAAGCCCUCGAAGAUCGAUCUGGCCACGAACGAUUCGAUGGCAAAGUGCUUGUGGCCGGGCUUCGCGAACCUCACUCGCGACUCGAUGAGUCGGAUGGCCUCGUCGAGGUUCCAGUUCGCCACCUCCAUCUCGUGAGCCAUGGCUUUCCCGAAGUGCCUCACGGAUCGUAAGGUGUAGUGGAGGACUUGGAUGAAGUGGGUCGGGCUCAACGACGCGAGCUUGAAGCCGUCAAACAGGGGCAAGACGCGCUCGGAGACGAACUGAAACUGAAAAUUAUGAAUUUAGUUGUCUAUUUGGAUGUAAAAGAUUCACAUUGCUGUGUAUUGGCAGGAACUGAAAAUGAAGGGCCGACUAUUGAAUUAUUUCGGCUUCCGAA